AUGGAGGAAACACCGGAGUCGAUAUUGCUUCACCCCGUGCAGACACAUCAUACCGAAGCAUCAAGUCAAGAUGGCGACACGCUUUUCGAUGACCCAUCCCAUACUAUUGGUCUUCCCGCUGAAAAUAUCGCGAGUCAGGCAGGACAAAAUCGAAAUCCUGCUAACCCCAUCCAGACACUACAGCCACCACAAGCAAGAUUUCUGAAGAGUUCCUGGUAUAUACUGUACCUUGUACUUGGGUACGUUGGCUUGGCCCUCUUUUCGUGGGUUGUCAUUUGCAUUUUAUCAGUCCGUCCUAUCACUGCCAAGCACUAUGGAGUCUGGAUAUGGAAUGAUCAAAACAAUGGCUACGGAUGGACUGUCCCAAGUCAAUUCCACUCUUUAUUUGUCCGGAAUGAGCGAUGGUAUCGUGCUGCUCAAAUUAUCCAGUCUAUUAUCACGGUCUUCACUAUCCCAUUGACUUCCACAGUGUGCUCCAGUGCCGCCGUGAUUUACAUUCAACGGCGAAAGGGGCUCAGCCUUCUGCAGAUGAUGACACUUGCCGACAAGGGCUGGAAUGAUCUGAGGACAUACGGUAGAACCUUCCCAUACUUUGCUACGGAUGCUUGGAAACGCUAUGGAAGCUCUUUUUUGCUUCUGGCAAUGUUUGUGAACAUCCUAGGCGCAGUGAUAUCUCCUCUUCAGGCAGUGUUCUUGUCCUCAACAAUAACCAAGACCCCUACCUGGCCCACGGAGGUGCUCUAUAUUCUUGAUAUUCCUGAUCAGUUCAAACAUCUCUCUGGCGAUGAUUAUGAUGACAACUUUGUUGUGGUCAUGACUCGCAGCGCUCUAACCUCCGCCACCAAUACACAACAACAGGCCCAGCUCUGGCAAGGCGGCAAAGUAUCAUGCGCCUUUACUGCGGGGGUGGAAGAGCUACCCGAAUCCUGUGAGUAUGGGGGUGCCAAAUUUGAAGAUCUGGCAGAUCUGUCGGACCCUUUUCUGGCGCAAUUGGCCAGCGGUUAUAAUACUGGUCUCAUUCGGCAAUUUGCUCCUCGCAUUAAUUCAAGUGCACACUAUGAGAACAUCUCGGCAGAAGCUUUUCCAAAGAACUGUGAUCAAAUAGAUGGGGCUUUUUUUAUCGACUAUACCAACACAACUGAUGAAUACUACACUUGGGGUGUGCAGGCAUGUAUGCCUACCAAUGUCACCAGCUCACCUUGGAAAUCUACGCGAGACCGCCAGGACUUUACUGAGGAACUCUAUUUGAAUAUCACAUUAGUCAACUAUGAAUAUCUUCAAUAUGCUAGCGAUGGUGAUCAGGCCAACAAUAUGUUCUUCAAAGUCACCCUGAACACAACGGGUGGCUAUUUCGAGCUGCCAAACUACAUGAAUGGCGGUUCUGCUGGAUCCCUGUUAGACAAAGACCCUAACAGUCUUUGUGGGAAUGACUGUGAGGUACAAGGCUUUGAAAACAACAUCUAUGAUCAUGAUGACAUAUCCAAACGCAAACGACGGGAUCUGACCAAUUCCGAGGACGAAUCCCUUCCACUGGAGACAGUGCAGAAUAAGGGACCCCUUUUGACCAUAGCCUUGGCUCUCUUUGGCGAUGGAUCAUUCAUUCAAGCCCGGCAGGCAUAUCCACAAGCCUUCGCCUCCUUGGAAACAAAUACCACUGUAUCGGGCCUUUAUCCCCAAUAUACAGAUACCUGCAAGGACCUGGCACCUCUCGACCUCCUUAUAAGUGAGCUUGAUUGUAUCUUCACCGAUGCCGGAGGUGCCAACGCAUCCGACCUCAACCAAGUGGUCGCGAGAUGGAUCAACAAUUUCAAUGACCCGGACACUAUGAAACCUGUGUUCAACGCCGCCGCGUUCCUGGCCAACCAAGCCUGGAUGAAUAACAAUCUCGAACAAAGUUCCAUGUCAUUAACGGUCAAUUUUGAUAUGGGAGCCGAUACCAAGAUCCCAGUAAUCUCCAGGGCAGGGGUAAUUUUGAUCUCCACCCUUCUUGGCCUCGACAUUUUCAUUCUUUUGUCGCUCGCGACUUAUGCAUGGUGGUCUCCUAGAUGGACGAGGUACAUGGACUCUUGGGCCAUGAUGAGAAUCGGGGUCUCCCUCACUGAGGAUGCACCGUUGCUCGUUAGUCGGGAGAAAGACAAGGUCAAGGCUCUUGAGGGGAUUCCGGGAUGGAUCGGUGAUAAGUCAGAGGAGCAUGAGCGGGUUGGCACAUUGGCGCUGGGUGGUUUGAGAACCCUAGUUUCGAAACGAGGUCAGCUGUUCAAUGGCUUUGAUGUGGAUAAGGAGCAGCGGCUUUAUAACGAGAGAGUCGAGGCCCAGGCGUACUUCGCCUGGCGCCAUGCGCAGAAUAUGCCGGCCGUUCAGGAGCCAUGA